AUGGAACAAACUUUACAGGACACUUUGGAGGGGGGCGAUGAGACUGUUCAGCAGCAACCCCCUCCACUGAAACCCGCGUCUUGUGGGGAAAAAUCUCUUCAGGAAAAACUGUAUGACAUUUAUGUGGAGGAGUGUGAAAAGGAGCCAGAAGCAGAGGGCCUUCGAAGCAAUGUCAACUUGCUAGAGAAGCUUAUGAAGAGAGAGCCAUUGCCAUGUUUAGUGGUCAGCCUGUACCCAGAAAACCAGGGCUAUUCUCUCAUGCUCAAGGAUAAAGAUGGAGUCCUUAUAGAGCCCUAUCCAGGGCCGUAUGUAGGACAGAAACUGCUUGAAUAUUUGGAUGCUGAAGAGUUACCUUCCUUUCUGAUUGAUAUUCUGGAAAAGUCUCCUGUGAAUGUUUUUCACAGUGGCUGUGUCAUAGCAGAAAUCCGAGACUACAGGCAGUGUGGUGACAUCUACCCUCCCGAGGAGCCUGCUGCAGAGGCUGCUGUGUCCUCUCCUGCUUGCCAAGUCCGGCAUAUUCUCUUACGUCCAACGAUGCAGUCUCUAGUAAGCGAUGUCGAGUCCAUGACAAGUGACAGCAGUCAGUGGACCCAGGAAGCAAAACAGGAGCUUGAGAGCCAACUGAUCUUAGCUACAGCAGAGCCACUGUGUCUGGAUCCUUCUGUUGCUGUCACCUGCACGGCCAACAAAUUGCUGUUUAAUGAGCAGAAGAUGAACACUAACCCCAUGCGGCAAUGCUUCAAGAGGCAUGCAUGCCCCUCUCUGGAUCAAGAGGAGGUACCAUCUGGGUGUUCUUGUCCCCCUGACUUAAUGACAACCACUCCUUGCAAAAAGCAGGCAAAAAUAAGUCCAGAUAACCCAUCUGACCUGCAGAUUGAUGGAACAGAAACAUGCAACCAGAGUCCCUGUGAACUGACUGUGCCUUCAGAGAUGGACUUGGAGAGCUUUGUUAAAGAGUUGCUAUCUCUGCCCUUUGAUGAGACUGAACCAACCAUCUCAGCAAUUCCUGAGGUAAAAUAUGAUUGUAUGUUUGAUUGUGAGGAUGACAGUCAGCUAUGGGAUAGGAAUGAAGAUAUCAUGGAGUGCCUUAAUACGCUUCUCAAUGAGGAAAUAGAGCCACUUCCAGAGGGCAGCAGUGCUAACGCCAUGUCUCUCCCUCCUGUUGCCCUGGGUGAUUAUUCAGAUGAUUUCCUGACAGGGAUAAACACUGAGCCAAGGAAGACAGUGCCUAUGUGCCAGGAGGCUGUCCAGAGCCAAGCUAGUUGUCCCAGCAAGAUGCCACAGGGGUCCAGUAGCUCAGGCCCCUCAUCUCUCAGGUCCGUCACACCAGAGGCCAGGCGAGACCCGCCUCCUGCUCCUCAAGCAGUCAGGGUGGUUCAGCGGACCACUGUGGGAAUGAGCAGAGUUCCUCCAGCUGGCCAACCCAGUGCUAGGUCAUCAGAAAACAACCCGAAGAUCCAGCCCCCCACUUGGACCACUCGUGUUCGCGUGAUCCGUUUGGUAAGGUCUACUAUGGUGGGUAAUUCAACCCAGGUCCCAGUCCGCCUCACUAGCGCCCCAGCUGCUGAGGGAACCAGUCAUAAUAGCCACAUUCCAACCAGAGAACCUAGGCCAGCACAGCGCACCGUGAGGCCACCUGUGCGACUCAUUAUAAAUAAUACAGCAAAUCCCAUAAGUGUAAGGACUCCCCCUGGCUCUCUCAUUAUGCACACAGACUCUCAGAUGUCAUCCCAGAGACCACUGCAAUUUCCACAGCAGACAUAUGUAUUGAUUCCAAAACAGCUGCAACCACCCAGCGCCCCUGUCCCCCAGCAGCCACAGCCAGGGCCAGCAGCUUCCUCCCAAGGGUCUAAUCCUCAGCAGGUGUCCUUGCCAGAUCAGCAAACUAGUCGCCUUAACAGUGAGGGGCCCAGAGUGGUUCAACAGACCCAGAGGUCUGUGGUAUUUCGGGUGAGCUCCACCCCACAGAGCCACAGGCAGAAUGUUCGGGCCCAGGGCUUCCAGGUCUCUGCUAUCAUGGUCCGGCAGGGGCAGAGGCAGGGGCAGACCCAGAAUGUGCAUGUGCGAAUCAUACCACGCAUAGUGACUGUGUCCAGAGCAGACAUUCGGUCCUCUGCACGUGGGAAUGCAGCUAGCGAACCCAGUGAUAGAGGAACGGGAGGGCAACCAAACCCCCCAAGGUCCUGA